GAGCCCCAAUCUUCAUCUAUACUAUCGAUCACAGAAUCAGCCCAGGUAAAUGAGGUAUCCGGAUUUGAUGGCGUCUUGAAUCUGAUUAAUCAGUCUGGAUUGAAUUCAGGAUCAGCCUCCUUAGAUUCAGAAGAUUCUUUUGAAUUGAAGAGCAACAAAAGCUCGGAUUCUGAAACGUAUUCUGUCUGCAGCAGAACCACUGAUAACACUGAUGGCUGUGCUCACGCUAGUCCUAGUAGCGGCCCCCUAAAUGCAGAUACCGGUAGUUCAGAUGAAGGAGUACCAACUUCCAGAGAGCUUGGAUCAGAGAGGACCUUCGGUCUUCCAGUUGUGCGGAUACCUGAGACCAUUGAUUUGCACUUGAGCAUUCUCCUUAAGUUGCAGCAACUGGCUGAUCAACACCUCCCUCAGUUAUCAGAGCAACUGGAUCGGCUUGUUUGUCUCCAGACUUUGAUGCGCAAAGUGAGCUACCUUAGGAUGGUUAAUGUCAAUAUUGUCGUCACUUUGAUCUUCACUAAAAUCAUUUAG